AUCAAGUAGCCAUUUUGUGUGCAUUUCACGCGCUUGGGCAGGAAGGGCCGGGGCAGAAACGACUCGCCCCGUUUUGCGCGGACACUGGUUAAUCUAUUUCGUUUAGAUAUCCUGGAUUUAACUCGAGUCCUGUGUCAGCGACAGUAUGGAUGACGACCGGUCUGAAGACGGACGCGAUGGCGGUCCCGCUGCGGGCGGGCCUAGCGGCGCCCCCACUUUGGACCAAGUGUACGCAGCCAUCAUGUCACAGAAGCGCAAGGCGCAGGAGGUGCCCCCACCCGCAGCUGCAGCACCGGCGGAGCCGCCUGCAGCACGGUUCCGCUCGGGCAUGGGCGCCAGCCUCCGCAACAGCACACUGGAGCAGCUGCUGCUUCAGGGCCUGGCUGCGGGGCCGAGCGGCGACGUUGACGGCGCCCUGAACAUGAUGCGGUCAAACACGAUGGAGCACAUCCUGCGCGACACCCUGUCCGGGGGGCGGGAGCUGUCGGACCUCAUGUCGGAGUGGCACAACCAGAUCCCGGAGGAGUCCAAGUUCAUCGAGGGUCUUGCCAGCGACAUGCAGGCCAUUGACGUGGCGCCGCCGGACGUCCAGGCGAUGCGCCGGACCUUUACGCUCGAGCGCAUCCUGUCAGGCGCGGAGGCAGACCUGGCGGGCAUGCUGCGCUCCGCCAACCAGGUCAGCAGGCAGGCCAGCGGCGCGGCGGGCGCGGCGGCCGUGGCGGGCGGGCUGGAGGGUCUCGCCGGCGAGGGCCUGCCGGGGCGGGGGCGGCUGGGGCGGCAGGACUCACUGCAUCGCCUGGCGGCCAGCAGCGGCCCGGGGGGCGCCAUACCGCUGCCACCCUCGCGCCUCGGUGCUCCGCCGGGAGGCGGCGCCGGUACAGCCGGCCCUUCGCGCGCCGCCGGCGGCGGGUUGGUGCGCACCGGUAACCCGGGCUCCGGCCGCUACGGCGGUGCGGUGGUGUCGGCGCUGCGGGACGAGGACGAAGCGGGGCCGUCGCCGCGCAGCCCUAAGCGUGCUAAGCUUCACGCGGCGGGUCAUGGCCACGCUCACGCCCACGCCCACGUCCCCUCGCACUUGGGUCCGCACGCCGCGGCGUUGCUCAAGGCGGAGGGGCUGGUGGCGGAGGACGGCGGGCCGCCGCGCACCAUGUCGCAGAGCCUCCUUGACCUGGCCAAGGCGGCAGCGGCGCUGGACGGGCGAGACCUGGAUGAGGAGGGCCUGGGCGGUGGCGGGCUGGAGGGCGGCGAGCACGUGAAGCUGGAGCGGCUCCCAGACGGCCGCAAGGCCGGUGCCGGCGACGGGGCGCUUGGGGCCGGGGUGUCAGCAGAGGGCAACGAUGGAGGGCCAAGCCGCCGCGCGGUUGGUGGGGGCGCAGACCAGGGCUCGCCAGGCGAGCUGGACGCGCUCACGCCGGCGGGGCAGCAGCGGGGCCUGACCGCAGACGAGGAGGGCGGGGCGGAUGCCGCGGGUCUGGCCGGGCCGAGCAGGCGAGGGCCGUUGCGAGACUUUGAUGAGCUGGAGGCAGAGGAGCGGAUGCCGCUCAACGACGACGCGGUGGCGGGGGGCAUAGACGCAGACCUGCUGCCGAGCACCACCGACCGGCGGUCCAUGCCGCCGUCGGCGCUGCCUGAUGAGGAACUGCUUCUGGAUGCCAAGCUGGGAGCCGGGCGGCAGCUGCCUGGCGUCGGGGCGGGCCUGCGUGACGGCGGCGGCAGCGGCAACCUAGCACUGCUGGCGGCCGGGUUGGGUCCCGGCAGCGCCGCGGCGUUGGCAGGCGGCAUGGGAGGCGGGAUGGGCAUGGUCAUGGGCGGGCUUGGCGGCGGCGGCGGCGGGCUGCCGCCACCGCUGUCGGGCCGCCUGGGCAUGGGUCUGGGGGCGGAGGAGGGCGGCAACAUGGCCAGUGCGGCGCAGCUGCUGCGGUCGCUGUCGGGGAUGAAGGGCGGCGGGGGCGGGCCUGGGGGCGGCCUGGCGCCCCCGGGGCCACGCGGACCACUGCCCAUGUCGGCGUCCAACCAGCACGACGUAAAGCUGCUCCACAAGCUGCAGACGGAGGUGCAGCGGCUGCAGCGGGACAACGCCGCCUUGAACACGCACCUCGAGAGCAUCCUCACAGAGGUGGACAUCAUCCAGCAACGCAACAUCAACAUGAAGCAAAUGCUGUUGGAUGCCUGUCAGGCCAAGGGCAUCCAGGCCGACAUGGGGCUGCUCAACGUGUCGCUGCAGCACCACCGCGCCCAGCCGCUGGAGGAGGCCGCGGCCGCGCACAUCGCCGCCAGUGUGCUGGGGCAGUGCGGCGGCGACGUGCACGCUACGGUGCAGCGGCUAGUGGGCAUCGCCAUGGCGCGAAUCUCGCUCGAGGGUUCAGGAGGCGGAGGUGGAGGCGGCGGCAGCAGCAUGGGUGGAGGCGGCGGGGGCGGGGGCGGCAUGGAUGGUGGGUUGCCGUACCGGUAACGCGCGCGCGUGCGUGCGUGGGGUGACGUUCGGGGGGAUGCGCUGCAUCGCUGUCCGUUGUUGGGAGGUGAGGUGACAGUUGUUGUUUGUUUGCAAGCAGGUGCAUGGCGUGUGCCUUGCUUAUUGCAUUUGUUACGUGUACGCCUGUCUCAUGCGUGCUGAGGAAGGCUUGCGCCUUUUGGAAACGACAGGACGCCUGCGCGAUGCUCUGGUGGUAUGCGGACGGUGUGAUAAUCCUUUUGUUGGGGUGUCUAGCUAUUGUGUGUGUGUGGUGGGGAGGGAAUGGUCUGACGCUCUGGGGUCGUCGCACGUCUGGCCCUGGCACUCGAGGGUUCUUGUGGGGCGCAGCACGACGUUAUUAUGAUGCAAGGGAGGACAAUCCGGGCAUGCAACGCGCACGCAGGGGCCAUCGAAUGCUGCCUCUACUAUACAGCUUCAUCGCCGCAAGUCCAGGCACUAUGUUUAGGUCUUGGGGUGGUGGCACCCCUGCAAAAGAAUGCACGACAGGCCAGAGGUCUGC